GCACAACAAGCAAAGGAGACUGAGUUAGUGAAGAAGAUCCAGCAGAAGCAAGAGGAGUCAGCUCGACGGCAUGAGGAAAAUAUUGAGCAGAUUCGUCAGCGGGCACUUGAGUCUUCCAUCAUGAAGUAUUCCAGAGGCUGUGAUGAUGCACCCAAACUCAUCAGAUAUGAAACCAAAAAGCUUUGCACUCUCUGUAACUCCCUGAUAACAAGUGAAGUAUACUUGCUGAGUCACCUGCGUGGCCGACACCAUCAAGAGGCCCUAAGAGCACUUCACCAAGGCGGCGAUAUUUCCAACGAGGACAGUGAGACCUAUAAUCUCAAACACAUCAUAGAUGCCCCGGCCAAUAUUGAUGAUCCACAGGUGACAAGAGAUAAAGAAAGACAAAAAGCCUUGAAGCGAAGAUGCAAAAAAAUCCGCACUCGGAUGACGACUAGAGGCAAGGAGUAUGAGACUACUUUCAAGCCUGCAACAUUGAAGGACUCUCCCAAUAAGUUGCGCAUAAUGAAGGCCUUGCAACAAAUUGUCAAGCUCGUUGCAAACCAGGGAUCUGGGCCGUGGCUCACUGCUGAUUUGACGGCCUUAGACAGACCACUGUUGGAGCUCCUGAGAAUACUAGAGAAGAAAGAGAAGCUUGAUCAGGCAAUGUUCAGUGCACAAAGUGGGUUCGUGAAGUUGAAUUCAGUUCUGAAAGUGAUACUCGAUGCCACAGAGCAGAGACCGUGUGUAUUGCCUGCCAAAUCCCUUGGGUUCUGUGGACGCGUGUUGCUGGGUGCCUGCAGGAACAACCCAGAUAAUUGCCGCUAUAUCUUAUACUCCAAUCUGGCAGGAACUCUGAUCGAUUAUCUCAUGCAGCGACUGAAUGAAUUAGUCAUUGAAACGACAAGAGUGGGAAGCAAUGGCAGUAUAAACACCAUUGUUAAUCUUCCUUCAGAUGCUGCAAUUGGUGCAAUGUUUGAGGUUCUUGCGGAGAUGGCACAGGUGCUGUGUGACUCCGACUUGAAGUCUGGUUUGUCGUCACAAGAUCAGUCUCAGAAGGAUCAGGCAGAAACUACCUGGCUAAGAAUACAGGAUGUAGUAAGCUAUUGCGUCAGUGUGGGACUGGCAGACAAAAUCUCAUGGUACUUCAGCCAUGUGCAGGGGCCUCUGGACAAUGAUGUAGGUGUUGUAGAGAUCAUACUUGCAGCCAUGAGGCACAUCUCUGCACUUGCAAAGUGCCUCUCCUUCAGGUCACUGCCUGACGACCCUACACAGCUGAUUGGCACUUUGCACGUGACUGAUGCAUGUGGAGUUGUAAGUCUCCUGUAUGGCCUGCUUUUGCAUCAGGGAGGUAGGUCGUCCAUGGCCCAGGCUCCAGCAAAGCUGUCAAAGAUGACAGAGGCACUUACCAUCGAAGCCACAACCUUGCUGCACCAGCUAGCAUCACUGGAUCUGAACAUGUUUCAGGGAAUUUUGGGCAGUGAGGGCAUAUCCCUCGAGUUACGUCAUAUUGCCAGCUACCUCCUUUGGUACUGCUCCCAUUGGCCAUGUGAUGAUAUUCUGCACAAUGUUAUACCUUUAGUGGGAUUCUUUGCAGUUAACAACAAAGAAAAUCAAAUGGUCAUCCAGAGUGGAGAGAUGCCAAGCGUGUUGCAGCAGCUGUGCAACCUCCCGUGGCAGUACUUCAGUGAACCCCGCCUUACAGCCGUGCUCUUCCCAACUCUCCUUGCAUGCAGCCUGGGCAACCAUGACAACAUGCUCAUACUGCAGCAAGAAAUGAGUUUCCAGGUACUCGAAGACUUCCUGCACAACAGCCAAGCUUUAGACAAACCUCUUGUCCAUAUUCUUCGCAGAACCUAUGUCCAAGGUUAAGAAUGUUAGAGAAUGUAGAGUAUUACAUUUACUUGAAUUUGUAUCUUCUUUACAAAUUUUUAUCUUUGUACAACUCGUUACUUUUGUACGCGGUGGAUGGCUUUUAUGUACGUCCCUAGAAAUCUCAAAUAAUCUCAUGAAACCUAUGUGAUUUAAACCCACAGAGACUUUUUAUUUAUGUGACAAAACAUACUAUGUGCCAGAUUUUUUUUUCUUCUGUUUUUGCAAGGAAACAUGGACUCAUUCUACACAAGUGAGAAGGAAUCACUGGGGUGUUGUGAUAUGUGAAAUUAUUAUACAGGAAUUCCACCCUGUUAAGAGAGAGGGGGAUUUAUUAUGCAGGGAUUCCAUUUCAUUGGGAAAGAGAUCCAUGUUUGGCAUUUUAUGCUUUGCUAUAAUUAGAGUAUUGUUACUCUGUAAGUAAAGAGUUAUGAGUUAGUUUUGCCAUUUUAACCCUGAAAUGGGUUGAAAGUUUUCUUUUCUUCUCAUUUUUUUCUGCUUAAAUCAGGCAUUUUGAUAAGCUUUGUCAUAAACACUUGCAUUACAGGUAUUUGUUAGUGAUAGGCAUGUAAAGGUGAUAAGAAACAUUCCAAAAUUUCAUGGAGAGAAAUGUAGAUUUACCAAGAGCAACAGUUUGCUACUUGCAGAA